GGCAUGGAAGGUAUGCCGGUAAUUUUAACCAAUGAAAAAAUUAAACUUUCUCAGCGCGAUAUUAUAAAUUUAUCCGGAAAUGGCAUCUUUGGUAGCUAAUUAUGGUAGUGAAAGUGACAGCGAAGACGAGAGUCCUGUGCAGUAGGAAAUCUGUGGAGGCUACUGAAGAUAAAAGACAGAAUUAUUUAAUAACAGAAGACAAUGACAGUGAUGAAAGUGACAGUAGUAACCAUAGCAACAUACAAGAAGUAGAUUCUAAAAUUGAAACUGAAAGACUUCCGAAUCCUUUACUUGAACCUUUACCCAGUGCUUCAAACUCAUUGCAACAUUCGGCUGGUGCCUCAGUAUUUGUUACUCAGUAUCAUAUAGCUGAAAAAGAAAAGGAAUUAAUUCUUGAAAAACAUGUGAAACUUUCAGCAACAAAAAUAGCAACUGGCAAAAAACAGCAGAUAUGUCAUAAAUUUAAGAGAGGUAGAUGUAGAUUUGGAAACAAUUGUAAAUAUUCUCACGACAUAGAUAACUGUUCUAAAGUUCAGAAUGUUCCUUUCGAUCAGGAAACUGAUGCGUGUACAGGGGUGAAUAAAAUUCCCCUGUUUACGGACAGAGUAAAGAGGCCCUUACAUCGGCCAGAAUAUAUUCCUGCUCUGAAAGAGGAAGAAAAAGAUGAUGAUAGUUACAUGGGAAGUAUGAAAAGGAAAAAUAGAGCUGGACUGUCCGGAGGUCUUAUACCUUCGAAGAAAGCUCUGUCCUCUUUGGGUAGACAGAGGGCUGCAGAAAGGCCAUGGACUGUUGAUAAAUAGAAAUAAAUUUAAUCUUAUUAAA